CGCACUCCUUCCCGCCCUCCCUUCUGAUUGGUGCGGCUCGCUUUGGGUCCGCCCCUCGCAGCGGCGCUGUCAGCCAAUAGAAUGCGGCGGUGCUGGAGGUGUGGCCAAUGGGUGUCAGCGGUGCUGCGGGGUUGGCGGAGCCGGAAGCGCGGGGGGCCUGGAGGAGUCAUGGGGGUGAAGCUGGAGAUCCUGAGGAUGUGCGUGUACCUGUCCUUCCCCGUCGCCGUGUUCUGGGUCUCCAACCAGGCCGAGCUCUUCCAGCGGCACGUGAUCGACAGGAAGAGGGAGAUUUUCCCGCCGGACACGCCGGAACGGCGCCAGGCCAUGGCUGAGCUGAAGCAGCGGCUGCAGGAGAGGAGGGGGACACAGGCGUGAGGGGACAGAGGGGACACACGGCCACCCGCGGGACACGGCGGUGACAACGGGGACACGGUGACAGCGGGGACACACGGCCACCUCCAGGACACACGGCCACCUCCAGGACACACGGCCACCCGCGGGACACGGCGGUGACAACUGGGACAUGAUGACAGCAGGGACACGGCCACCUGCAGGACACACGGCCACCUGCAGGAUGCAGCAGUGACAGCGAGGACACGGUGGCAGCGAGGACACGGUGGUGACAACAGGGACAUGGUGACAGCAAGGACACAGUGGUGACAGUGAGGACAUGGCGGUGACAACAAGGACACGGCGGUGGCAGCGGGGACACGGCGGUGGCAACAGGGACACGGCGGUGGCAGCGAGGACACGGUGGUGACAGUGAGGACAUGGCAGUGACAACAAGGACACGGUGGUGGCAGCGAGGCCACGACGGUGACAGCAAGGACACGGCGGUGACACCGAGGACACGGCGGUGACACCGAGGACACGGCGGUGACAGCAGGGACGUGGCAUUGCUGUGACACCGGCGCCGUGGCGGUGACACGGGACACGCCUGGCACUGCCCUGUCACCGUGGGCACACGGUGACACCGGUGCCAGGCACGCGCUGGUGACAGAGGGGACAGUGACAGCCCUGGUGUCACCGCUGUGAUUGUUGGUGGCAGUGACAGUAACAGUGACAGCGCUGGUGUCACCGCUGUGACCGUCAGUGACACGUGUGUGACACGUGUGUGACGUGCCAGGGGACACGUGGCACUCCCGGCUGUCCCCACCCCAAUAAACAGCGCUGGCACCGCCCACGGGGUGUCCCCAAGGUGUCCCCGGGGUGUCCCUGGGGUGUCCUCAGGGUGUCCCCAAGGUGUCCCCAAAGUGUCCCCGGGGUGUCCCCAGGGGGGCACUGCCACCCCUCAGUGCCACCCCUGUGCCCCUCGGUGUCCCCUGGUGCCACCCCCACGGGCGUCCAGUGUCCCUUAAUGUCA